GUAGUGAGUCAGAUAUUGUUGGAAAAGAGUUGUACAGUUUUAUCGAUCAUGAUGAUAAAUUGACAUUGAGACCUGAGGGAACAGCAGCAUUAAUUAGCAAUAAUAUGGAUCGUGAUCUGCCCAAAAGGUACUAUUACUAUGGGCCUAUGUUUCGUCGUGAACGACCUCAAAAAGGAAGGCUAAGGCAGUUUGAACAAUUUGGCGUUGAAAUGUUUGGUCAUGAAAAUCCAACCUCUGAUAUUGAAAUAAUUGAAAUGGCAUGGGCAUUUUUAAAUAAAAUAGAUACUGAUACGUCAUUUGAGGGACUUCAAAAGUUAGGAAUACCUUACAAAAUUAAUCCACGACUAGUUAGAGGACUGGAUUAUUAUGAAGACACUGUAUUUGAAUUCAAAUGUACGGAUUCUAGACUCGGUGCUUCACAAGGAACUGUACUUGCUGGUGGGAGAUAUGAUAAUCUUGUUCAAUUGAUGGGUGGAAAAGAAAAAGUUCCAGGAAUAGGGCUAGCCGCAAUAUUGCGAGAUGAUGAUAUUCUACGGGAAAGGCCAAUUGCGGUUGUCAUCAUUCAAGAUCGAGAUAAGGUUAUCUUAUCAACGGAAAAUUGUAGUACAAAUAAUAACAUGAUGCUUUAUUGCUAUGGCCUUAAAAUUUCUAGAGUGUUACGCUCACAUAAUAUUAAAACAUUUUUUUAUCAUAUUCCUAGUGCAAAUCAUCUAUCACUGAAAACUAUAUUGGCAAACGUUGUAAAAACAAAUGCUUCACAUGCAAUAUUAGUAGGAGAAAAGGAAAUUAUGAAUGAUAAAGUGAUAUUAAAGGAUUUAGAUUUAAAAGUUCAAAAUGAAUAUAAAUUAGAAGAUAUCGUACAACCAAUUUUAGAAUCCAAAAAAAAAAUUAAAUAG